UGCAGGAACAAACACCCCAGGAGAGUUUCCAGGUGGAGACAGGAAGCUUCGUAAGGCAGGGAAAGGUCUGAGACUGCCAUCGCAGUGCCCAAGCUAGGGGACUUGCUACAGCGAAGGCACAGAAAGAUGCAUAAAGAGCCUAUGGACUUUUAAAGAUCUGGCCAUUCUUGGGGCUCAAACUGGAUAGAGCAGGGAAAGGCCUUAGUGGAGAGGGCUGGGCAGAGCCAAGCUGAGGGGACAACUUGCCAAGUCUAGUUGCAGGAAAACAAGCUCAGGGCCACCCCAUGGACUCUCUACUUUUCUCUGCUUCUGUCUUCUUUCUUCCCUUUUCCCUUCUUUCACCUCCUACCUCUCCUUUUCUCUCCCUGUUCUCCUACUUCCUCUGCCUUCUCUUUUCCCCUAUUCCCUGUUUUCCUCUUUGUGAUUCCCUUCUGCACAGCCUGUGUCCCAAACUGGCCAGUGGUUUUGCAUGGCUUAAACUGUUUGGGAAGUGAGGGGGUUUCUGCCCAUGGGCCAAACCAUUGACUGUUAGCGCCUGUCCUUAACAGUACUGAGGAACGUAUUAGAGUAGGAAGAAAAACUCAACGGCUAACUUUAGUUUGCUUUUUCAAAAAUCUAUAGGUCUCAGAAACAGAAGCAAUAGAUAGAUUCAAAGAGUAGAUUUUUAAUCCAUCAAAAAGCAUCCAUGAAUACCCUCUGGGGAAUACAAGAGAAGUGUAAUGUACAAUCUCUGUCUUUUUUGUUGUUGUUGUUGUUGAGACAGAGUCUUGCUCUGUCACCCAAGUGGUAGUGCAGUGGCACGGGCUCACUGCAACCUCUGCCUUCUGGGUUCAAGCAAUUCUACUGCCUCAGUCUCCUCAGUAGCUGGGAUUACAGGCAUGUGCCACCACGUCAGGCUAAUUUUUGUAUUUUUUAGUAAAGAUGGGAUUUCACCAUGUUGGUCAGGCUAGUCUUGAACUCCUAACCUCGUGAUCCACCCGCCUCGGCCUCCCAAAGUGCUGGGAUUACAGGCAUGAGCCACUGUGCCCGGCCACAAUCUCUGUCUUUUUCACCAGCAAGCGGUAAAAGACCAUUGUGUAGUGAUCAGUAUGGUGUCCAUUAAAAGAGGAGGGUUACUGUUCACAAUAGCUGUGCAUUUCACAUCUACAAUGUGCUAGAUCCCCUUUCAGAGCAUGAUGGUAGAGGGAUGAAAUACAAAGCCGUCCCCUCUGGAAGCUCCCCAGGCCAGUGGGAGAGACCACAGUGGGGUGAAGGAAGUGGUGAGGAGAGGAAGAGAAGUGGACUACUCCAGGCUCAUUGCUGGCACUUUACCACAAUCUCACGUUCUUCUUUCGCCCUUCCACAAAAAAGACCCCAUCCGAGAUGGCUGUGGGAGGGCUCUCUCCCCUCCAGGACCCAUCUCCGGGCCAUGGGAACACUCACGCCUUCCUCGCCCCUCUGCUGGCGGGAGGAGAGCUCCUUUGCAGCUCCAAAUUCAUUGAAGGGCUCAAGGCUGGUGUCAGGGGAGCCUGGAGGAGCUGUCACCAUCCAGUGCCAUUAUGCCCCCUCAUCUGUCAACAGGCACCAGAGGAAGUACUGGUGCCGUCUGGGGCCCCCAAGAUGGAUCUGCCAGACCAUUGUGUCCACCAACCAGUAUACUCACCAUCGCUAUCGUGACCGUGUGGCCCUCACAGACUUUCCACAGAGAGGCUUGUUUGUGGUGAGGCUGUCCCAACUGUCCCCGGAUGACAUCGGAUGCUACCUCUGCGGCAUUGGAAGUGAAAACAACAUGCUGUUCUUAAGCAUGAAUCUGACCAUCUCUGCAGGUCCCGCCAGCACCCUCCCCACAGCCACUCCAGCUGCUGGGGAGCUCACCAUGAGAUCCUAUGGAACAGCAUCUCCAGUGGCCAACAGAUGGACCCCAGGAACCACCCAGACCUUAGGACAGGGGACAGCAUGGGACACAGUUGCUUCAACUCCAGGAACCAGCAUGACUACAGCUUCAGCUGAGGGAAGACAAACCCCAGGAGCAACCAGGCCAGCAGCUCCAGGGACAGGCAGCUGGUCAGAGGUUUCUGUCAAAGCACCAGCUCCGAUUCCAGAGAGUCCACCUUCAAAGAGCAGAAGCAUGUCCAAUACAACAGAAGGUGUUUGGGAGGGCACCAGAAGCUCGGUGACAAACAGGGCUAGAGUCAGCAAGGACAGGAGGGAGAUGACAACUACCAAGGCUGAUAGGCCAAGGGAGGACAUAGAGGGGGUCAGGAUAGCUCUUGAUGCAGCCAAAAAGGUCCUAGGAACCAUUGGGCCACCAGCUCUGGUCUCAGACACUUUGGCCUGGGAAAUCCUCCCACAAGCAACGCCGGUUUCUAAGCAACAAUCUCAGGGUUCCAUUGGAGAAACAACUCCAGCUGCAGGCAUGUGGACCUUGGGAACUCCAGCUGCAGAUGUGUGGAUCUUGGGAACUCCAGCUGCAGAUGUGUGGACCAGCAUGGAGGCAGCAUCUGGGGAAGGAAGCGCUGCAGGGGACCUAGAUGCUGCCACUGGAGACAGAGGUCCCCAAGCAACACUGAGCCAGGCCCCGGCAGUAGGACCCUGGGGACCCCCUGGCAAGGAGUCCUCCGUGAAGCGCACUUUUCCAGAAGAUGAAAGCAGCUCUCGGACCCUGGCUCCUGUCUCUACCAUGCUGGCCCUGUUUAUGCUUAUGGCUCUGGUUCUAUUGCAAAGGAAGCUCUGGAGAAGGAGGACCUCUCAGGAGGCAGAAAGGGUCACCCUAAUUCAGAUGACACAUUUUCUGGAAGUGAACCCCCAACCAGACCAGCUGCCCCAUGUGGAAAGAAAGAUGCUCCAGGAUGACUCUCUUCCUGCUGGGGCCAGCCUGACUGCCCCAGAGAGAAAUCCAGGACCCUGAGGGACAGAAAGAUGAACUGCUCAGUUACCAUGGGAGAAGGACCAAGAUCAAAGGCCUUCAGGACCCCAGCCUCUUUCCAUCAUCCUUCCUCCACCUGUGGGAAGAGAAGCUGAUGCAGCUGGUGCUCCACCCAUGGAAGAAAGGCUGGCUGUCCUUGGGCCCAAGAAAGUCAAGCAUUAUCCACGUCCAAAGGUGACAAGAUGACUCAAAGGAGACUUCAAGAAUGGUGUACGAAACACUGGAAGAGGUCACCUAGGAAAAGCGUGAAAUUUCCAUUCCUGAAUGUUUGAAAAUAGAAGAGGCUUCCAAUCAGUGUGGAAAGUGACAAAUCCCCUAUCAACACUCCCAGCCCUUGCUGGGGGCUCCUUUUCUGACUACUGUUAGCACUCAGCCUCCCACUCACAUGUAAUUAUAUUUAAGUGUACCAGCCUUGCCUUCUCAAGUAGAUUCUAAGCUCCUUUAGGGCAGUAAUUGCAUUUUAUCUGUCUCAUGACGCCCCCAGAGAACUUCCAACUCAGUAGGACUCCAAUAAAUACCUGUGUCUGAUUGA